UUUGCUUUUUAUGGCAAACAUGACGAUAUACUCGCAUGGCCCUAAGUAAGCAGGUAAGACAAGCCUGCAGGUAUCAAUGCUACUUUCUCCUCACUUUCAUCCUCGGCGAUGUAUCGUCCUAGUCUUUGACUCUGGGCAAAGGAUGGGUAUAAGUCGUGGAGGUUUCUGUACCCUCAUUUUCACUCCACGUCUUGUCUGAGGUCCAAUUGUCCCUACGUGGGAAUCAAGGUUAUUCGCUUUUACUUUGCUCGUUAUACGUACAGCUCGACUGCACAGCUCAACAAUGGGCGGCAUCUUGGUCCAUGUCGGCCAAGCGGUCCCGACAGCAACAAUGGCUGCAGCCUAUAUCGCUGGUGCUCUGAUACUCUAUCAGUCAGCUGUCUGGGCGUACCAGAUAUCUCCCUUUCAUCCUCUGGCUCACAUUCCCGGUCCCAAAAUCGCCAGGGUAGGGCGCCUCUAUGAAGCGUACUGGGACUGGUGGCGCGGUGGGCGGUACAUGAAUAAAAUUGCCGAGAUGCACGCUCAAUAUGGUCCCAUCGUCCGUAUAGGCCACGAUGAGGUGCACUGCAGCGAUCCAAACUUUUCCAGCACCCUCUUCGGCAGCCCGAACCAGGUUCGUGACAAACCUCAACACAUGUGCAACAUACUGGUCUCGGGGGCGCUGCCGCACUCGACCAUCGUCACGACAAGCCAAGCGCUGCACCGUGCCCGCCGGGCUCCAAUGAGCCGUUUCUUCAGCCGCGCGCACGUCUUUCGAUUCGAGGACGAAGUGCUCCGCUUGGCCUCGGUGGUCGCAGACAAGAUGCUCCUCCCCGAGCGUCGCGGCAAGUCGUUCGACGUCAGGGACGCCUUCAACUGCUUCACGGCCGACGUUGUCUUUCUGCACGCGCUGGGCAAGCCCCUCGGGUUCGUCGAGAUGCAGGAGGCCUGGACGCCGAACCUGGCCACCUGGACCGAGAUGAUGACCGAUAUGGUCUACCUGAUCAAGCACAACGCGUGGGCCAGGUGGGCGGCCAUCGUCACGCCCAAGUUGGCUGGCAUGUUCAGCACCAGCGUCAAGGCGCUGAAUGAGCUCAUGAAUGUUACCAUCCCUGGACUGCUCAAGUCUGCUACCGAUGAUGUGGAGAACGACCGCAUGUUUCCGAUUCUCCUGAGGGGAGGGAUGGACGGCAAGUCACAGGUUGCACCAGGCGCCGAGAUGGACAUGUUUCGCCUUGGGGGUGAAGCUACCGUCCUCUUGACAGCGGGGACUGAGACAACAUCUGCAGCUCUCGCCAUCAUCACAUACCAUAUCCUGGCGCGACCCGAAGUCAAGGCCGCCCUAGCAGCAGACCUCGCCGGGUUGGACCCCACCGCGCUCAAAUGGACCGAACUCGAACGACGCCCCUACCUCUGGGCCCUCAUCCACGAGUCGCUCCGCCACAGCCCUCCCAUCGUCGCCCGGUCCAGCCGCAUCGCGCCCCUUGAAGACAUGGUGUACAUUCCCCGGGCCCGCGACAAGUCGGCAGACCCAGCACCGCCCGUCACCAUUCCCCGCGGCUUUACCGUUGCCAUGUCGACUAUAACCAGCCAUUACGACCCGACCAUCUUCCAAGACCCUGCAGAAUUCCGCCCCGAACGUUGGCUGGUGAAAGAUGGCGACGGGAACGUGAUUGGGAACAACGAGGAGCUGAAAAAGUCUCUGCUGACAUUUGGACGAGGGAGCAGGGCUUGCAUUGGAGAGAACCUCGCCAUGUGUGAGCUCUUUAUCAUGACUGCCAUGAUGGCUCUUUGCGUUAUUCCCCGAGCUCGCUUGGACGACAGGAUGACUGCCGAUUACGUGACAUAUGAUCACGAAAAGCUCACGCUGCAGACUAUAUAUGGCAAUGUGGCUACGCACAUGGUUGUCUCAUGAACUUUGGUCUCAUCAAGCUAUGAAAUUGUAAGGAAGUUUGUUUGCGAAUUGGCGAGUCUGCACCAGAGACAAGUCGUAUGGGUCAUCACUCAGAAUAAAAUGCAUCAUGUAGGA